GUCAUUUUCUUCUUUUUCACUUUUUGCUCACCUUCUGAAACGAUCAUCUGAAGUCUGAGGUCACCAGGUGGAAAAAUCAACAACCCCGCAAUAAAGUCCCCUACAAGCAUCAAUCCCGACUGUGCGCCGCUCGUCUUCAAUCAACGCUGCCUCCCUGAAACUUGUUACCCUGGCCACGGCAUAACAAACAAGCCUUUUCUUGUCACGAACUCUCGCUACUACCACCCUUUUGUUGUCCCAGAACUCCUGUUGGCCUGUUGCUGCUGUUGUUGGGCCCUGAACCUACCCUCCCCUUUAUCUUUUAUCUUUCACCUCCCCCGUUCCCGCGUCGCUCGGACCGCAAAUGUCGUCGGAAGUCUUCCGCAGAGUGGGCCGCGGAGGUGCGGGGAAUUGGUAUAGUAAGAAGGACGUUGAAGAUGCCGAGAAGGCGGCUGCUGAUCUCGAAGCGCAAAAGAAGUCUUCUUCCGGUUCGACCUCGCCAACAGCGCUCGAGCGCUCCAUCACCGCGCAGACCAGUCUCGGCAGCUCGCGAGCCGGCGGUCGCGGCGGUGCCGGCAACUUCUACGACGCCUCGGCAACCGACCCGGCCGCCGCCCAGCAGCAGGAGGAGGAAAAGGAGGCCGAGCUCGAGGAGCUGACGCGCGUCGUGACGGCGAGCGUCCAGCGGCCGAACCCCUCCGGCCGGCUGAGCGGGCGCGGCGGCGCGGGUAACUACAGCGACAACGCGGCGCGGAGCGCCCAGCAUCGGAUGGACCCGGAGCAGCAGCGCAAGAUGAUAGAAGAUCUUAACGCGAGGGUGUUGCAGGAUGUGGAGGCCGGGUUGGCGAUGCCGAGACCGGCGUAUCAUGCCAAGUUCGAGCUGAAGCAUGAGAGGUUGGUGUCUGCUGAGCCUUGAGGUGCCCUUGACGAUGAUGAGAGUUUGCGCAAAAAGAUGGAUGGACGGAUAUGUAUGAUGAGAUGGGUGGUAAUGGUUCGGGUUCUGUUUACGCUUGGUUCGACUAAUUAAAAAGGCGUUUGGGAACGAGAUGGAAAACGAUGUACAAGCAAGCUCAUGCACAUCGUUACAAGCAGGAAGC